AUGGGAUCAUAUCUGGAAAAGCUAUUCUCGCUUCACGGCUCCCUGGCCGUCGUUACAGGCGGCACCCGCGGCAUCGGUCAGGCAAUGGCCCUGUCCCUUGCUCGUGCGGGGUCCGACAUUAUCCUCGUUCAGCGCAACGAGAGCAACUUGGAGACCAAAGGACUCAUUGAAGCUCUGGGCAGAAAGGCUCUUGUAUAUACAGCCGACCUUGCAGAUCAAGACAGCGUCUCUGCCCUGAGCAAGAAGAUCCUCGCCGACGGCCAUGAUGUGGACAUCUUGGUGACCUGCGCCGGAAUCCAGAGGAGGCAUCCUGCACAUGAGUUUCCCAUGGAAGACUGGGACGAGGUUCUUCAAGUCAACCUCCGCACAGUCUGGACCCUCUGCCGUGACUUCGGCGCCUACAUGCGCAAGCGCACGCCAGACUCAACCGGCCGCCGCGGUGCAAUCAUCAACGUGGCUAGCUUGGUGUCGUUCCAGGGUGGACUGAACGUGCCGGCAUACGCGUCGGCCAAGGGUGGUGUUGCCCAGCUGACCAAGUCCCUGAGCAACCAGUGGGCCGCUGAUGGUAUCAAUGUUAAUGCCAUUGCGCCAGGCUACAUUGCUACGGAUAUGAACGAGGCUCUUAUAAAGGAUGAGAAGCGAGCGGCUAGUAUUCUGGAACGAAUCCCGACGGGAAGAUGGGGUUCACCAGAGGACUUCGAGGGCGCCACCGUCUUCUUGGCUGGUGCAGGUUGCCGUUAUGUCAGUGGAGAGAUUCUUACGGUUGACGGUGGCUGGAUGGGACGGUAG